UCAGCAGCAGCAGCAGCGUCGGGGUCCGUGACGAUGACGCUGCUGCGUCGUCAGUCAUCUGGAUGAAGGAGCAGCAUCAGAGACAUGAUGAGGCUGCGGCCGCUGGUGCUGUGUGUGUUGUUAGCACUAGCAGUGGCUUAUUACGUUUACACACCUCUGCCUGAGAACAUCCAGGAGCCGUGGAAGCUGAUGGUGGUGUCUGCUGGACUCAGGACAUCCCUGCAUCUGGCUUCUUUGAUUCAUUGGCUGGGCUGUGAUCAUUACAUCAGGUCCAUCAGGCAGUUAUCAGACAGCUUCCCUGGACUGACAAAUGUGGGCGACAGUAAUGAGUCUGGUGGAGGAGUGGUUCCUGGAGUUAAGGUCAGCGACACAACCUUCGCUGGCGUUCCUGUCCGAGUGUAUGAGCCCCCUGCUGGAGGGGAGGGUCACUUGAGGAGAGGGUUGAUGUAUUUCCGUGGAGGAGACUGGUUCCUGGGAGGUGUUGAGAGACCGUCAAAUGAUGCUCUCAACCACAUGAUCUCAGACGAACUCAACACUGUUGUCGUGUCGGUCGAGUACCGUCUUCCACCAGACGUCCACUUCCCUGUGCCCUUCGUGGACUGCCUCACUGCUGCCAAACACUUCCUUUCCCCUGAGGUUCUGGCUAAGUAUUCCAUUGACCCCGAGCGAGUGGCCGUGGCCGGAGCAAGUCUUGGAGGAAAUCUGGCCGCAGCAGUGGCUCAGGAGAUAUCAACCGAUGAUUCCAUUAGUGUAAAGUUCAGCAUCCAGGCCUUGAUCUACCCCAUGCUCCAGGCUCUGGACUUCAACACUCCGUCCUACUGGCAGAAUCAGGAUGUCCCCCUCCUGUACCGACCCUUUGUGGUCAGCUUCUGGUUGCAGUACCUUGGUGCCGACACCUCUCUGCAGCCACAGCUGCUGGUCAACAACCACAGCUCUCCUCACAACUCAGCCAUCACCCGGGAGCUGAGGGCGAGGUAUGACUGGACCGUUCUCCUCCCUUUCAAACAUAAGAAGAACCACAAGCCUGUGAUGACGAAGAAAGGUUCUCCUGGACUCCUGAAGGAGGUUCCUGCUCUGCUGGACGUCAGGGCUUCUCCACUGCUGGCAGGAACAGAGGUUCUGGCCAAAUGUCCUCGGACGUACGUGAUAACAUGUGAGAAUGACGUGUUGAGGGAUGACGGGCUGAUGUACGCUCGACGUCUCCAGGACACUGGGGUCACGGUGACCAACGUUCACUAUGAGGAGGGUUUCCAUGGAUGUUUUAGUUUCACAGUCUGGCCUCUGGAGUUUGAUGUUGGGAGGAGGGCGGUCAGAGGCUACAUCAACUGGCUGCAGAACAACUUGUGAGGGAGAAAGGACUGUAAAUGUGUAAAUGGUCUUUGGGUGGGUGUCUGUGUGUGUGUGCAUUUAUUCUUUGUGUUUAACCUAUUUAUUCUGAGCUCAGGACUUUCAUACACCUACCACAGGAGGCUACAACAGGAAUUACACCCUUUUUUGUACUGAUCGUUUUAAUAAAAUAAUCACAAACUUCUCAUGUAAAUAAUUGAUAAUCGCUGAAAUGCAGUCAUACACUCAUUAAAAGUGUGUUAAAAAUAACUUAAGUUUAUACAAGGCAACUCAAAGUCAGAGCCUAAAGUGAGCAAAACACAGCAGUAAUAAAUUGCUAGGAUAGCUUAAAAUAUUUAUUGUUUAAUUGUAAUUUAAAGAAAAAUUAGCUGACUUGUAAGCAAAGUGUUCGCUCAGAAUACGCUACUGGUAUCAGCAGAAAUCCUACAAUCCAACUAGAAAACGCUAGAAGUUUGAUGAAAAAUAGUUACAUUAGCCACAGUAGAAUUA